AUGCAGCAACGACGAGAUGAGAUUCUUGCCAAGAAGGCGAAGCUCGCAGAGCUUAAGCGCCAGAGGGAGCUUCGGGCCUCUCAGAACCAAACCCAGGCGGUAUACACCCGCACUGGUAUGAGCUCUCCUAACGAGCAGCUAGUAUCACCGACGCCAGGACGAGCAGACAGUCGCCGCGAGAUCGAGUCCCUCAUUGACAGCUUAGUUGGCAGUAGUAGGCCCAGCUCAAUUGGGACAGGACCCCCUGGCUCACCAGCGCCUCGUGGGAGCAGGCCGAAUAGUGUUCUUAGUGGCGGCGAAAUCAGCAAUGUGACCUCGGAAUGGACGACUUCCAUGGCUGGGCAAGGCGGGCAGACUACCCCAGGCCCUACACCUGUGGCGCUGAACCUGACUACUGUUCCCUUGACAACCGUAUAUGAAUGUCCGCCCUCUCCUGUGAAAGAGGUCUAUUCAUACAGCAAAGGUGUACAGACCACAGAUGAAUGGACACUCCCUGAUAGGACAAGAGACGAGUCGAUAGCCUCCGAUACAGACGAUUUCAUGGGACCGACUUCAACGCCCAACAAGAGGCUGAGCAGGAAAGAACGGGACCGAGAGGAGGAGCUGCGUGAAAAGAUUAGACUGGAAGUGGAAGAAGAGCUGCGAGCGGCCAAAGAGCUUUUGGGCGAGGGUGCUGCAGGGACACAACCCUUUUCAACAACCAACUAUCCAAUCAGAGAGCUUACUGCCGAAGAACUCGAGGCUGUUACUCACUCAGACGAAUUUGCGGAUUUUCUGGAGCAGUCGACCAAAGUGAUUGAGAGAGCCCUAGAUCAAGAGACAUAUGAUAUUCUUACAGACUAUGCCCUGCAUGGCCAAGACCUCGAGGACAAGGAUGAAGAGAGUGGUAAUACGGGAGGUAAAGGAGGGCAUAGAGUCAAGGAGGUGACACAAUUCUACGAUGAUCGUUGGUCUAAAAAGCGAAUGAUUAGCGGGAUUGAUUUCUCUCCCAAGUUCAACGAGCUGGUGCUCGCUUCCUACACCAAAAACCCGACAGCACCUCACGAGCCGGAUGGGCUUGUCCAGGUGUGGAAUAUUCAUAUGCAUAACCGACCAGAAUACGUCUUUACCGCACAGUCGGACAUUCUCACAGCAAAAUUCUCGCCAUAUCACCCAAACCUCAUCGUUGGUGGUUCGUACAGUGGCCAGGUUCUGUUGUGGGAUACUCGAGCAAAGUCUGCGCCGGUCCAGAAGACCCCGUUGACUGGCUACGGUCACGCACACCCGAUCUACUCUGUUGAUAUUGUGGGCACACAAAACGCCAACAACAUUAUUUCCUGCUCUACAGAUGGGGUCGUUUGCGGCUGGAGCAUGGAUGUAUUUGCACAGCCGCAAGAGCUGCUCGAGCUGAAGAAUCCCAGCCAGGCUAAAGUGGCUGUUGAGGAUGUCAGCCCUACAUGCCUUUCGUUCCCUCAAACUGACCCGACAUUCUUCCUCGUAGGAAGCGAAGAGGGAACUAUUUUCCCUUGCCACAGAUACGACCGUGCCGGCGCCAAGGCCGGUGUUGACAAGAAGAUUAGCUACAAGGGACACAUGGCGCCUGUCAUGUCUGUUGACUUCCAUCCCGCCCGAGGCCCUGUGGAUCUCGGCGAUUUGGCCAUCUCGUCGUCUCUUGAUUGGAGUGUGAAGCUUUGGAAGGUUCGUGCUCCUGCGGCCACUUCGACUAUUGGUGGUGCCGUAUCGCCACUGCUUGAUUUUGUUCGCGAGGACGUUGUCUACGAUGCCAAAUGGUCACCCGUGAAACCCAGCGUCUUUGCCCUGGUAGAUGGAGCUGGCUGGUUGGAGUUCUGGGACAUCGCAAUUGAUACGGAAGAGCCGGUGUCGAGAAUAACGCCGAGCAGCCGGCAAGACGGCAGGACGAUGCUGUCCAAGAGCUUGAACAAGGUGGCCUGGGAACCCAAUGACGGCAAACGCAUUGCAACCGGUGGCAUUGACGGCUCUCUGACAGUCUUUGAGGUGGCUAGCGGUCUGGGCGGCAAAGAAGGACUCAAGAAUGAGGAAUGGGCAAAUGUCAAGAAGCUGGUCAACAGGGUGGAGGCCGUGGGCAUGAAUGGCGCGAUGAUUGUCUAG